AUGGCGUUGCCGGCGGAAGUGCUGCCAAAGCUGCUCGCCUUCACGCCGAACGACCUGCUAUGCCUGUCGUCCUUGCGGGCGGUCAACCGAGAUGCCAAAGAGCAGCUCGAAGAUCGAUGGUGGAAAGAAGAGGUGCAAUGUAUGAAAGCCUUUGUGGAUGACCAUGGCUUCCUAUUCGCUGAUGAUCCAGUGCCAGGUGUUGAAAUGCAGCAAGAAGCAUUUGCUCGGAAUAUUUUGCUCUGGGUCAAGCCCCUCCUGGUCAACCAGCCGUGGAGAGCUCAAGAAUCCGAUUGUGCUACAGAGGCUACAGAUGUGAUCAGUCUCCGGGCCGCCCACAUCAAUUUGAGAAGAGCAAUGGCAAACUUGGGUCGGAGGCGGAAUGAAGUGCUCCGAGACAUUUGCCAACAAGCACGCUACAUAGAGGGCCACCAUUUGAAACACAGGCGCACUGAGCAUACCAUAGUUUCACAGGACGGCAUCAACCUUGAGACAAGCGAGAUGAGAAGCGAAGAUGCCAUGUCGUCAUCCUUGGCCCAUACGGAAAUGACCAGAGAGGCCUAUGCCUGGGCAGAGCUGAUGAAUGUAUUCAUCAAGCAAGGGAUUUCUGAUGGGAAGGCACAGGACAUGAUUGGACGCAUGCGACAGCUGGGGUUUAUCGUGGAUAAGUCCAGUUUAGAUCUAUCAGACGGCAUGUCUGAGGUCGACGAGGCACCAAACUUGUCAGAUGUUGAGGAAAAGCAACAAGAAGACUAUGCACUGCAUUUGGCAGCUCUGAAUGGCCAACAGGAUCUUGCAGAAAUCUUGGUCAAGAGAGGGGCUGACAAGGAAUCCAAAACACCAGCUGGUGAGACUGCACUGCAUUUGGCAGUUCAGAAUGGCCAUGAGGGUGUGGUAGCUCUUUUGGUCCACAGUGGGGCUGACACGGAAGCCAAAACAGCAGCUGGUAAGACGGCACUGCAUUUGGCAGCUCAGAAAGGUCACCGGAAUGUAGUAAAUUGUCUUCUCGAGCAAUGUGCUGAAAUUGAAGCCAAAACAUCAGCUGGUGAGACUGCACUGCAUUUGGCAGCUGAGAGAGGUUGGCGACAUAUGGUUUUACUUUUGAUUUGGAUGGGGGCUGACGACGAAGCCAAAACAGCAGCUGGUGAGACUGCACUGCAUUUGGCAGCUCGGAAUGGCCACGAGGAUGUGGUAGAGUUCUUGUUCGAGGAAGGGGCUGACAAGGAAGCCAGAACAGCGGCUGGUGAGAUGACGGCAUUGCAUUUGGCAGCUGAGGAAGGCCACCGGGAUCUUGUAAAAGUUUUGGUCAAGAAACGGGCUGACAAGGAAGCCAAAACAGCAGCUGGUGAGACUGCACUGCAUUUGGCAGCUCGGAACGGCCACGAGGGUGUGGUACUACAUUUGGUCCUAGCCAGGGCUGACAAGGAAGCCAAAACAGCAGCUGGUGAGACGGCACUGCAUUUGGCAGCUGCGGGAGGCCAGCAGGGUUUGGUUUCGCUUUUGACUUCGGCGGGGGCUGACAAGGAAGCCGCAACAGCAGCUGGUGAGACGGCACUGCAUUUGGCAGCUGAGGGAGGCCAGCAGGGUGUGGUUUCACUUUUGAUUUCGGCGGGGGCUGACAAGGAAGCCACAACAGCAGGUGGUGAGACGGCACUGCAUUUGGCGGCUCUGAACGGCGACGUGGGUGUGGUAGAAUUUUUGGUUGAGCAAGGGGCUGACAAGGAAGCCAAAACAGCAGGUGGUAAGAUGGCACUGCAUUUGGCAGCUCAGAAAGGUCACCGGAAUAUGGUAAGGUUUUUGCUCAAGGCAGGGGCUGAUAUGGAAGCCAAAACAGCAGCUGAUGAGACUGCACUGCAUUUGGCAGUUCAGAAUCGCCUCUGGGGUAUGGUAAAGUUCUUGGUCGAGGAAGGGGCUGAUAAGGAAGCUGCAACAGCAGCUGGUGAGACGGCGCUGCAUUUGGCAGCUCAGAAUGGCCACUUUGGUGCGGUAGGAUUUUUGGUCGAGCAAGGGGCUGACAAGGAAGCCAAAACAUCAGCUCGUGAGACGGCGCUGCAUUUGGCAGCUGAGAGGGGUUGGGGACGUGUGGUUUUACUUUUGAUUUGGGUGGGGGCUGACAAGGAAGCCGCAACAGGAGCUGGUGAGACGGCACUGCAUUUGGCAGCUCAGAAUGGCCACCGGGAUGUGGUAGAAUUUUUGGUCGAGCACAGGGCUAACAAGGAAUUUGCAACAGCAGCUGGUAAGGUAGCAUUGGAUUCAUUAUACUUUCAUCUACGCGGCGAUGCAUUUGGCAGCUCAGGAUGGCCACCCGGAUGCGGUAGCAUUUGGGGUGGCGGAGGAGGAACACCUCAGAUUUUCGACGUGGUAUUGCGACUUUUGCUCCGCGAGCAACGCAAGGAACUGCAACGACAAGAGCCGAUGAGUGCGGACUGA